CCUCACUUCCGCUCCUGCGCGCUGGGGCCCUGGACAACCAAGCUGACUGGAGGACAUGGCCACUUCUCGCUUACCCCCAGCGACGCUAACGCUAAAACAGUUCAUGAGAAGGCAGCAAGUUCUCCUCCUCUACAGAAGGAUUUUGCAAGCAAUUCGGCAAGUUCCAAAUGAUUCUGAUCGCAGAUACCUGAAGGACUGGGCAAGGGAAGAAUUCAAAAGAAACAAAAAUGCCACCGAAGAGGAUACAAUCCGGAUGAUGAUUACUCAAGGCAAUAUGCAGCUCAAGGAGUUAGAAAAAACACUUGCCUUAGCCAGAUCUUAACUACAACAUUAUUCUGAAAGAUUUUGAAAGUUUCCAUGUAUUUAGUUGAGCUGAAGUUCAACAAUGGGCAGCCCCAAAUCAAGUGAAACUGUAUGUAAAGCCUCUUGGCAGGAUCUCAGAACAUGGAGAAUGGCAGUUCACAGAGAGUCAAGAAAAGUACGUCAGAGCAAUUGCCUCAGCACUGGAAAACUUACCUGUGUUUUGAAAAUGUUUUUGGAUGGGUCAGCAGUUUUUGUAAGAAGCAAAAAUCAGUCUGAUAGAUGGUCAGCACAUAAAAAGAUGUUCAGCAGCAUUAAUCAUCAGGGAAAUGCAAAUAAAAACCACCCAGAGAUACUAUUCACAUCCACUAGAAUGGCUGUAAUUAAAAAGGGAGAAAAUUGGAAAUGUUGGUGAAGAACCUGGAACCCUUUUACGUAAAAAUUGCUGGUGGGACGAUAAAAUUGUGCAGUCUCUUUGGAAAACAGACUGAGUUGCCCAAAAGAGUAAAUAGCAUUAUUCAUGACAGCCAAAAAGUAGACAGUUCAAGUGCUCAUUAGUUGAUUUAAUGGUUAAGUAAAACCUGGUAUACCCAUACAAUAAUUAUUUAGCAAACAAAAAGGAAUGAAGUAUUGAUACAUGCUACAUCUGGAUAAAUCUUGAAAACAUUAUUAAGAGGCCAGUCACAAAAGAUCAUAUAUUAUGAUUCCAUUUAUGUGAAUGUACAACUCUUGAGUAUACAAAACCACCGAAUUACACAUUUUAUAUGUAUGGUAUAUGAAUUGUAUCUCAAUAAAGCUGUUUUUCCCCCGA